GCACCGGGACGCAGCGGCGGUUUGACGUUUUACGCUGCCGCUUUGGCCAUCGUGGAGAAUUGCCCAGCAUCUCCUGACGGGGAGCAGCCUAACGCAGAGGAAAAUGCACUGAAAUCCAUCGUUUGUGGUUUCCCUCCGCUGGCAAUGAAAGAGAAGGACUGGGACAAUGUAGCUGUCGCCGUGAGCCGUGCCGGAAUACGGGCCAUUAUUAUGUACAAGAGAAAUGCGGAAUCUCUUUAACUGGAGCUGUUAACCCAGAGAGAGAGAGAGAGAGAGAGAGAGAAAUACUAACAUAUACACACACUGUAUAGAAAAUGAAGAAACAAUUCAACCGAAUGCGACAGCUCGCCAACCAGACUGUUGGCAGGGCAGAAAAAACAGAAGUAUUAAGUGAUGAUCUACUACAGGUGGAGAAGCGUCUGGACUUGGUGAAGCAGGUCUCCCACAGCACACAUAAGAAGCUCACAGCCUGCCUGCAGGGACAGCAAGGGGCCGAUGUGGACAAGAGAUCCGUCAAAUCACCAUCGAAAAAAUUACCCCUGACGACAUUGGCUCAGUGUUUGGUUGAGGGAGCUGCAAUAUUAGGGGACGACUCUCUGCUAGGGAAGAUGCUGAAGUUAUGUGGGGACACUGAAGAGAAGCUUGCCCAAGAGCUCAUUGUCUUUGAACUCCAAAUGGAGAGAGAUGUGGUGGAACCUCUCUAUGUCCUCGCUGAGGUGGACAUUCCGAACAUACAGAAACAAAGGAAACAUCUAGCCAAGCUUGUUUUGGACAUGGAUUCGGCACGGACAAGGUGGCAGCAGUCAUGCAAGUCCUCCAGUCACCCUAGCAAUCUUCCCCCAGCUGGGGCCAAAGCAGAUGCACUCCGAGAGGAGAUGGAGGAGACGGCCAAUCGCAUGGAGAUCUGCAGGGACCAGUUGUCAGCGGACAUGUACAACUUUGUGGCCAAAGAAAUAGACUAUGCAAACACCUUUCAGACGCUUAUAGAGAUUCAAGCAGAGUAUCACAAAAAGUCUCUGGAAAUUCUGCAGAGUGUGCUGCCACAGAUCAAAGCACACCAGGAGGCUUGGAUAGAGAAGCCAUCCUACGGCAAGCCUUUAGACGAGCACCUGACCCUAAGUGGCAGAGAUAUAGCCUUUCCCAUUGAGGCAUGUGUCACCAUGCUUCUGGAGUGUGGCAUGCAGGAGGAGGGUUUAUUCCGAGUGGCCCCUUCAGCUUCCAAGCUGAAGAAGCUGAAAGCAUCUCUGGAUUGCGGGGUUCUGGAUGUGCAGGAAUACUCUGCAGAUCCACAUGCUAUAGCAGGAGCUCUGAAGUCAUAUCUUCGUGAGCUCCCUGAACCUCUAAUGACCUUGCAGCUGUAUGAUGAGUGGAUUCAAGCCUCAAAUAUUCAAGAUAUGGACAAGAGGCUCCAAGCCCUCCUGGCUUCAUGUGAGAAACUUCCAACAGUCAACUUAAACAACUUCAGAUACUUGAUUAAAUUCCUUGCCAAGUUAACUGAGUUCCAGGAUGCCAACAAAAUGACACCUGGUAACAUUGCAAUAGUGUUGGGACCCAAUCUGCUGUGGACACAUUCAGAAUCGAACAUGACAGAAAUGAUGACCACAGUGUCACUGCAAAUCGUUGGUAUCAUUGAGCCUAUCAUUCAGCAUGCCGACUGGUUCUUCCCAGGAGAUAUUGAGUUCAACCUGACAGGCAGCUACGGUAGCCCCAUCCACACCAACCAUAACUCCAACUACAGCUCCAUGCCUUCGCCAGACAUUGACCAAUCAGAACACAAGCAGUCUCACGACCAGAGCCGACGCCCCCUCAGCGUUGCCACUGACAACAUGAUGCUGGAGUUCUACAAAAAGGAUGGCAUUAGGAAAAUACAAAGUAUGGGAGUCAGAGUGAUGGACACAUCCUGGGUGAAGGGUAAAGGGGCAUCCACGCUUGUUCGAAAAGCCUCAUCCACACCUCCCAGCGCCCAGCCGCCUGGAUCGCCUGCUGACACGCUCGUGACUGAGCAGCCUGGAGAGCUGAACACGUCCCCCAUUCCCACGCCUCCUCCGGUAGACAGGGCUAGCUCCAACGAGGUGUCACCCCACCGGCCGGACCCCUCUCAUGCCCAUGUGCCCCACGGGGAGGAGCGGCCGCCCCCUCCUUACCCUUCCUCUUCCACCAUCUCCCAUGUCCCUCACCACUUUUAUCCCAAACCCCCUCCCUGUGCACGGCCAGUGGCCCCAGGGCCCGAGUCACAGCCCCCUGACUCCCCACCGUCCCAUUUGCGCUGGUCUGGCUAUGGCCCUCCUCAACCCCAGGCACUCCCUUCAUCCUCUUCUUCCUCCUCGUCCUCUUCUUCUCUCGACAUUAACUCCAACCCCAAGCCUAGCUGCCUGCACUUCCCCAAACACGGCCCAGCAUGCGAGUUGCCGGACGUGAACACCUCCCCUCUCUACGUUAAAACACCCCUCAUUUUGACCCGCAACGAGGUGUCCCUCGGAAACCCCCCUAGCCUUCCCACAUCUGGCCCCCCUCCGUGGGCUGCCUGUCCAUGUGCCCGUGAGCGAGGACCCCCCAGGCUGCCUAGCACCCUGAAGAGCAAGGAGCUCUCGCCUGUGAUUGGCCAUAAGGCUGUGCAGGCAGCAGGACAGACAGUGCCCCCUGUCGGCCAGCAAAGCAACAGCCAGUCACCACACUCAGCCGAGCACAGCCCUCACACCCUGCGUAAAGGCUCGAAGAAGUUGGCCCCUGUGCCACCCAAGGUUCCUUACGGCCAGUCAGGGGCGAUGUCCGACCAGUCCACAGGUCAGCCGUCCCCGGUCAGCCUGUCCCCCACUCCCCCAAGCACCCCGUCCCCGUAUGGCCUGGGCUGUGCCCCGGGGCAUGUGCCCCCUACUUCUCCUGGGCAGGGCACGCUAGGCACAUCCCACUCUGUCCUGUCCUCUCCCCCAUCUCUGACUGGCACACUCAACAAGUCGCGGCCCGCCCCCAAACCGCGACAGAGACCAAGUCUGCCCCCUCCACAGCCACCCACUAUCCCCCCCAGUGUUCCCCAGCCAAUGGAACAGGGCCUGCUGGACGGAUUGUCCCCCGGGGAGAGCAUGUCCACAGCAGAUCUCUUCAGUUUGGAAAUCCCCUCCAUCAAUGUCAAUCUGGACAGCCUGCUCGACGAGUUCAGGGUGGGGGUGCCGAGCCGGAGCUCCCUGGCCAUGGCUGACUCUCCGGAGGUGGAACGCGUGAUUGAGGAGGAGUCACAGAGCACCACGCUGUAACUCCAGAGCCCAGCCAGUGGCCGCCUAGCCCUGCCGAGCUCCCCCACCUUCAGCUGAGGUCCUAUGAGCAACCAGGCCACCAUCAACCACACCUACCCCACCCUCACCACUGGAGCUGCCACCCCCCACCCCUCCCAACCCAGCACAAACACAUACACCUGCUCUAACCUUUACAUGUUCCAGUGACUAAUCAGAAUAUCACAUCCUCUUCUCACUGAUAAGUAGAUAAGGUAUGUGAUGACAUCUUGAAAAGCAGUGCCAUAGCAAAGACAAGCAAUGAAAGACUGAGAAUGUUACAGAAAUUAUAGUGUGUUGUGAAGAAUGUGCCACGUCACACAUUUAGGUUUCUCUCUGUUGUUUUUGCCUUAUUGGAGACUAUAGAUCAUUUGCAAUACAAUGGACACAGAGGGGAUUUUGUUGACUCCAAAGGAACAUUAUAUUUUUAUGUGCUGGAAAGCAUGUGAUCAAAACAUCAAAAUGUAGUAUUUGCUCAUAUUCUUUAGUGUUUGAGUUGGUAAGCAGGUUUCAUUUCUUGUAAAUGAAUUGAAGACACAAAGCAUGCAACUUUAUUUAAAUCCAGUUUUACAAUGUCGAGGCCUUGGCUUUCUUGCUCUUGUCCUCUCACUUGCUCUCAUUCUCUCUCUCUCUCUCUCUCUCUCUCUCUCUCGUUCACCUUCUCUCUGUAUAUGUAUCAGUCUCUAUGACAAACACAUGCCUAUAUAAACACCACUGCUUUGGCAUAGACAGUAUCAUGACAAUAUUUCUAAUUAAGUGUCUAAAUGUGCACAGAUCAACUCAAGCACAUUAUGAAAAUAUUCUGAGAUGUUUGUAAUACACUAAUAAUCUGUGAAACAAGAAAUCAUAGUAAAUGUUUUUGCCUCACUGUCCUAAUACUUGAUAGGACACGUCAGUGGUACGUUUGUACUCUUCACACUUCUGACGCCAGCUGUAAAACAGACGGUUCUGCUGUAAAGAGAAGUGAAACGAUUAAGACGUAUUUUGUGCCUCCCAUUCUGACUUCGUUAUCAGGACAGGUAUAAUGACAGGUUCCUCUACUGUGUAAAUACUAAGACUGUACAUAUUGAUCUGUAGAUACGUGUUAAUGAGAGGACAAAUGUAAAGGCAAAUAUGAAUUAUAUAUUCAUAUGUGUUACAUGCCAUAUUUAUCUUGUAUAGAGAUAAUGUUCUAUGGAAACGGAGUAUUAUUUUGUCCCUGAAUACUUGUCGCCAGAUUCACACAGAUUAAGUGAGCUCUUGCACUUUUAUAAGCCAUGAACACUAACUGUAAAAACACAAACAGACAUGUCAACAGCCCAAGUGGACACUAGCCCUAAAAUCUGAACCUGAAAUUUUACAUAUUUUACUUUUGUUCUACAGAUUGGUGAUCAUUUAGAUUAUUGCGUUUAAUGAACUUGCAUUUGAAUACAGUGAACUUCCAUAAAGACACAAAUAAUGGUGACUGGCUUACAUGAAAUAUAGUUUUACUGAACCAUAAACAAGAAGAAUUUGCCAGAUUGUUUACUUUAUAAGAAGCCUGUAGCCUUCCCUGGUUAUUCGGUCAUCAUAAGGCACAUCAGAACAGAAAACAAUUUUAAGGAUUCCUGCGUGCAAAAGGGAAAACAUGCCAUUUGUAGCCAUAUUUUUAUUUAUUUGGUUGGUCACCAAAGCUGUUCUCUUGCCUUUAUUCUCUUCCAUCUGGUUGGCUACUGCCACCUCACAGGGCCUUUAUUUUCUUUGUAUGGAAUUUCCUUUUAACUGUAUUUUUUAACAUCAGGGCUCAUUUUAGACUGACAUUAUCAAAACAAGCAGGCCCUGAUUUACCAUGAUUUACCUUAGUCUUGCUGCCUUCUCCCUGAAACACUCCAAUCUGAAGUUAUAUCCAAAAGAAUGAUGGGAAAAGGGUUGGAAGUGCCAUCUGGGUAUUUCUUCUUCUUUUUUUUUUUUAGUAGAUUUCAAACAGAUGCUGUAGUCUGUCAUGUGUGACUUGCUUGAAAGCUAGUGGAACACAAAUAGGGCACGAGAAAGUGCAAUUACACUAUAUUUCUAUUGUUAACCUCACAGAGAAGUGGCCAUGAGAGCUAUGCUUUUUAAUCUUACCAAGAGCCUAACUCUGAAGCAAUCCCAAAUGUCAUGGCUUUCAUUAUCGGUUUUUUUUAUUAAGCAUUAACGUACUUCAGGGACAAGAGGACUUCUUUGCUGAAAUAUAUGGUAUGCCUGAGUGUGCAUUCUCAAUUACUUCUACUAUGAUGGUUUUUGGUGACUGAGUACUCUUUUAAUAGCUGUAGUGAGUAUCAAUGAUAAUUGCAAGUGUCCUCACAAUAGAUAUUUAUGUCUUGAAGCCAGUGGCGAGUUUUGUGUAUAUUUGAGGGUUUUUUUUUGUGACCGUUUCUUCAGUGUUUUUUUUGAAGAGGCAGGUGUGCAUUCGAAAUAAAUGAGUGUUGAUUGAAUGUAAUUGAACUUUUACAAUGACCUGCAACAAGGUAAAGGCUUUGUCAAUACCUUAUAGCAGCUGCAAUAGACGCAUGGUUUGGUAUUUUAUUUAGGUGACUCUUUGCGUUUCUCUCCCGCUUUUGCCAAUCACUUUGAAAGCUUUUGUAAAUGUUUGGGGAUUGAAGGAGGGAAUCUCCAUGUGAAUACACUAGCCUGUAUAUUGUAAUCAUACACAUAGCAAUUCUUUCCUGAGGCCAUAUCAUUAUUCUCUGACUUUUUUUUUUCCAUCAUGCAGCUGCUAUAUUUGUUAGGAUCGAAUCCACUAAGGGCCAAUGGGAAUACAGACAGUUUUACACAAUUGAACCACAAAAUAUCAUUUAAUUUAUCUGAAUUUCUUUUAUUUAUUAAGGAAAAUAGCUUAUUUGUGAAUUCAGGUGCUGCUAAGCAAGUUAAGUUUCAAUACAUUCAUGUUUCACAAUUCCUUAGUUCAGUUAUCUUGUACUUAAAUUAAUAAAAUUUACAAAUAGAUGACAAAAUAGUCAAGACCCAUACAUGCUUAACAUAUAUCUCCAUCAUAUGUUUGUACCCCUGAAGGCUUUCAGUUGAAAUUGCAGAAAGUGGAUGUCACAAUUCAAUGCAUGCACUCAGUCUCUUCAUAUAAUUCAUGAUUCCUGUUUCUUCAAAUUUCUUUUAAGACUUCUUAAUGUUAUCAGU